UCAGUAUCAUCAUGUUUGUCCUGGGGGCUGUUUUAGCCAAUGACGCUCCCCUGUACCCCGCCCCUGUGCCCUAUAAACAUAAUGAAUACUUGGAGACCCACCCGCAAUACAGCUACAGCUACGGCGUGCAGGACGACCUGUCGGGCAACAACUUCGGCCACUCGGAGUCCCGCGACGGCUUCAAGACCGAGGGCAGCUACUUCGUCAACCUCCCCGACGGCCGCAAGCAGAUCGUGACCUACGCUGACCACGGGGAAGGCCUGGUAGCCGAGGUCACGUACGAGGGCGAGGCUUACUACCCGGAAUACAGCCCCGCGCAGAAGCCUGGGGGGCUGCCUGCCUACGGGCCUCCUCCUCCUCCAGGCGGUGGGAGGUCUUAGGGCGAUUCUUCGUUCUUUGAUCCUUUUUUUACUUCUUUUGUGUGUGAUUCUUCGUUUUGUGUUGUCUUCCGUU